AUGUCCGCAGGGCGCCGGGAGCCAAAGCCAGAGGGGCUCGGCGGGCACUAUGGGACUCUGGCCUCAGACCAGCCACCCUCUCUGACUGCCCUCAUCCCCUGGAGACUACCCCGCUGGAGAGCUUACGUGGCAGCUGCAGUGCUCUGCUACAUCAACCUCCUGAACUACAUGAACUGGUUCAUCAUUGCGGGAGUGCUGCUGGAUGUGCAGAAGUUUUUUCAUAUCAGUGACAGCAACGCGGGUUUGCUUCAGACUGUCUUCAUUGGCUGCCUGCUGCUUUCUGCGCCCGUGUUUGGCUACCUGGGAGACCGACACAGCCGCAAGGCAACGCUGAGCUUUGGGAUCCUGCUCUGGUCAGGAGCUGGCCUCUCUAGCUCCUUCAUCUCCUCCCAGUAUUCCUGGCUCUUCUUUCUGUCCCGGGGUGUUGUGGGCACCGGCACAGCCAGCUACUCUACCAUCGCACCCACUGUCCUGGGUGACCUCUUCGUGAGGGACCAACGGACCCGAGUGCUGGCCAUCUUCUACAUCUUCAUCCCUGUUGGAAGUGGUCUGGGCUACGUGCUGGGGUCUGUUGUGACUGAGCUGACUGGGAACUGGCGUUGGGCCCUCCGCAUCAUGCCCUGCCUGGAGGCCGUGGCCUUGGUCCUGCUCAUCUUGCUGGUUCCAGACCCACCCCGGGGAGCUGCUGAGAAGCAGGGGGAGGUGGCCACAGGGGGCCCGAGGAGCAGCUGGUGUGAGGACGUCAGAUGCCUGGUAAGAAACUGGAGUUUUAUGUGGUCGACCCUGGGAGUGACAGCCAUGGCCUUUGUGACUGGAGCCCUGGGCUUCUGGAUCCCCAAGUUUCUGUUUGAGGCCCGUGUGGUUCACAGGCUGCAGCGUCCCUGCCUCCAGGAGCUGUGCAACAGCCAGGACAGCCUGAUUUUUGGGGCCCUGACCGUUGUGACUGGCAUCAUUGGGGUCAUCCUGGGAGCAGAGGCUGCGAGGAGGUACAAGAAAGUCAACCCGAGGGCUGAGCCCCUCAUCUGUGCUUCCAGCCUGCUUGCCACAGCCCCCUGCCUCUACUUGGCUCUCAUCCUGGCCCCAACCACACUCCUAGCCUCCUACGUGUUCCUGGCCCUUGGGGAGCUUCUGCUAUCUUGCAACUGGGCAGUGGUUGCUGACAUCUUGCUGUCUGUGGUGGUGCCCAGGUGCCGAGGGACAGCAGAGGCGCUGCAGAUCACAGUGGGCCAUGUCCUGGGAGACGCCAGCAGCCCCUACCUCACUGGACUUAUCUCCAGUGCCCUGCGGGCCAGGCGCCCCGACUCCUACCUGCAGCGCUUCCUCAGCCUGCAACAGAGCUUCCUGUGUUGCACCUUUGUCAUCGUCCUGGGUGGGGGCUGCUUCUUGCUGACUGCACUGCACCUAGAGAGAGACCAGACGCUGGCCCGGCAGCCUGGCACAGGAACCCCAGACAGCAAGGAUAUAGAGAGCCAAGGACUGCUUCUUGGUAUGGAAGCCCCUACAGAAGACCCCUGA